CACGACAUGGUCUCCGCAUCCCUGCUCUGCCUCUUGGUCUUGCUGCCGCUGCAUGGAGCAUUUGAGGAGUAUCAGGCUGAGCACCAAACUGUACUAGAAGGACAGAAUUUGGACUUGCACUGUGCUUUUGCUGGAGAUGGCCAGUCUGCACUUGAAUGGAAGAACCCUUCUGGGUUUGUGCUUUUUUUCAAUAGCUGGCAAGGUUUGAAAAAUCAGAGGUACAAACUUAUCCAUUCUUCAGAGAAUAGUUUGUCUAUUCGUCUCUCCAAUAUAAAGAAGCAUGAGAACGGUGUAUACACGUGUUUGUAUUACAGUCUGCCAGUCAAAAGAAAGCUGGUGAACGUCACUGUCUUAGAUGCACCCAUCAAAAGUCAUUUGGAAGCAUCAAAAAUUAGUGUUCCCAACGAAAAUGAAAAGGUUGUUUUAAAAUGUUCUGUCUGGGCCCCUAAGCCCCGUCCUCGGAUUACGUGGCUGCUGGACAAUGGGAUGGAGAUCUUGGGUGAUGCCAAACACCAGCAGAAGGGGAAAAACUGCAAUUCAACCAGCACCCUCAUAGUCUACCGAUACUUGCCAAAUUCUACCAUUUCUUGUGUUAUCCGUCACAAAGCUCUCGGAAGAAGAAAUGUAAUGACAACUUUACACUUCAAGAAUAUCAAACUGGCUGCAGAGUCCUUUUCAAACCCAUUAGGCUUUAGCACAACAACCACAGAGAAGCCCCAUCAUUACACAGGAUUAAAGAAAACACUGAAUACAACAGAAGCAAGCUUUAGUACGCAGGCACCGUUUUCCAGAAGUGGAGAAGCAACUCUGAAUUCCGUUGUCACCAGAGAUUUAGCCAGGACAUUAAACAGAACAGAAGAAAACUCAAGCUUACCAACACCAUUUCCAACCAGUGGCAGAGCAACUCUGAAUUCCAGUACCAUUCACGGGUCUGGCAAAAUAUUAAAUGUAUCAGAAGGAGACCUGACUACACAAACACCAUUCCUGAGUACGGACAUAACUCUUGAUUCCCAGAUAAAGAAUGGAACAAACCUGACCCAUGAUGGAAUCUUCUUAAGGAAACCAAACAUCUUGCUACCAGCACUUGUGACGGUGUUGCUCGUGGUUCUGAUUAUCUUCGUCAUUCUCUUCAUAGCAAAGCUGUGGAAGGCACAUAGGAAAUGGAAGAAAGAAAAUGAAGUUUCAGAACAGACCCUGGAGAGUAAUCGGCCCAGGCCAAAUGAGGACAAUCAUAAACAAAAGAAGAAUAGAAAUGUAGUCCCUUGGAAGACCAGCAAAAGAUACAUAAUUCAAGAUUCAUGCAUGAGGAAAUCAAAGAACUCUGAAGAAAGCCAAGAUUCAUCUGUCUUCGAGAAACAAUUCCCCUAUGUUAAACGAAGUGAUCUGUAAGCAUUCACUCCUACUGACAAUAUUGUACUGUAUAUAGUUUCCUGGAGUGGCAUUCUCCCUAUUUAUUCUGUACAGCCUCAUUCUGUAUAUAUUUCUUAGCUGUCAACAUUUCCAAGGAUCACAGGCCAG